AUGGUUGAUAAAUCAGAGAUUGUACUGCAACCUAAGGAGAUAAAAUCGUCAAAUUUUGAAGAUACCGUAAAUUCUAUACUGUGUGGGUUAGGCGCUCAAAAAUAUAUCGAGAUAUUCAAAAAACAAGAUAUUGAUCAGUAUGGAUUAUCGGAAUUGUCAGACGAGGAUCUCCGAAAAUUAGGUAUUGUUGAACCUGAAAUAAGGAACCAACUCAUUGAACGUGCCAAAUUGCUACCUGCAUACGAAGAAUCUCAAGCAAUAAGGAUCGCUACUUUGGGUCCAAUGGAAAUGGUUGAAGUUUUCGAAGAAUGUGCUUUGCUACUCCAUAGGAUACAUCUUAGCAUGGUAGCCAGUAAUGCAGCACUGAGUAAAUCUAAGAAAGUUUCGGAUUGUUUGCUAUAUAAAGAUAAAUAUGCAUCUAAUGUAGCUCUGGCCACAUUAAACGAAAUUAGUAACAUAUUAAAUUCUAUGGAAAUUGCAGUAAACUCAAAAUUCAAGAUAAGAAAGGCAAAAAACAAUAAGAAAAAGAAAAUUUUAGUUGGAACCAUUGGAAGUGCUGUGAUUGCUACAUUGGCAGUUCUAUUCACUCGGUCCUUGAAACAACUCUGA